AUGUCGGAACCCCGCCUUUUCACGGUUCGACCGCUUUCGAAACAAGCGAGAACUGACCAUAAAGAUGCGUUUCGCGUUUAUUUAUCGUCGUCGUCGUUGGCUGCCCUUAAGCUUCGGGCUGGAGAUGCUUGUACCUUGAACUACUCUGGUGAAAGUGCGAAGACUGCAAUAGCUUGGAGCGCAACAGAAAACAUACAAACUACGGUCGUACAGACUUCAAGGACACUACAGGACUGCUACGGCGUCAAACUUGGUGAGAAGGUGUCUAUUUGCAAAAUCGAUGGGCCUUUGGGAGAGAUUGAAUCUAUCUCUUUUGUGGAAUGCUCUGAUAUCGAACGAAUGGCGAGAUAUGGCUCCCUCCCGCCAUCGGAGAGGCACCACUGGGCCUGGGCUUUGGAGUUUCCUCUUGCCAGAUGUGAUGCUCUCGCUGUCGGAUUGAUAUUUGAUUUAGAGCUUAAGGGACAACGAAGGAGCUUCAAAGUAACAACUAUGCGGGCCUUGAAUCAAACCACCCAUACCACAUUAUUGCGGUUCACUGAGAAUUCCAAAAUAUUGAUUGGCGAUGGUUCAGAUGAGGAGAAUGAAGUCCAAUGCUUUGAUAUACAAGUACAGUCAUCUGGUCUGGGUGGAGUGGGCCGCCAGAUUGAUAGUAUUAAUGAGAGCCUGGCUGAUUUCAACAUGGGCUCAGGGAUUGUGGCAAUGCCUUCUUUCUAUGAGCAUACUCGGGGAUUUCUCCUUUACGGGCCAAAGGGGACAGGGAAAACAGCCCUUCUUCGUCAAAUACAAGCCGCCGGUUGGCGGAAAGCAUUCAAUAUCGGGUCUUCCACAUUCGGCAGGAAUAUUGGCGAUGGCGAAGCUAAGCUCCGCAAUCUGUUUCAAGAUGCAAUUCGUUGCCAGCCGAGUGUUGUGGUCAUCGACCAACUGGACUUCAUUGCUCCCAAACGGACAUCGUUGGAUUCUCAGUCUUUGACAUCUGUUCUUUGUGAAUGUUUGGAUCUUGCAAGAGGUGCUAUGGUUCUUGUUGUAGCUGCAACUCGACAUCCCAACGAAGUUGAUGAUGCUUUGAGGACUCCACAUCGAUUGGCGACUGAGAUUGAACUGCAUGUCCCUACAGCCUAUGAUCGUGCCGAAAUCCUGCGCGCUAUAUGCGGAUAUCAAUCUCCUGUACUGAGUGACAGGCUCAUAGAUAUGAUGGCGGAGAAGACUCAUGGCUAUGUUGGGGCCGACUUGUUUGCUUUACUUCAGCUCGUGUGUCGCAAGGCGCGUCAGAGACAGAUUAACAAAGCUGACUCGAAUAGUUGGCCUUUCCACCAAGCGUCUAUGUUUACCAGCGACUCCAGGGAUGACUUAGCCACCAAGGAAACUGUGCCUUUGGAAGUCCAAGAGGCCGACGUAUUAACGGCUUUACAGGAAACCCGUCCAACUGCGAUGCGGGAAGUAUUUCUAGAGACACCAAAAGUGAGAUGGUCGGACAUUGGUGGGCAGCAUGAUAUCAAACGGCGUCUUCAGAAGGCCGUUGAGAGGCCUUUGAAACAUCCUGAACGAAUGAGGAGGCUCAAUGUAAACAGUAAGAAAGGCAUUCUGCUGUAUGGGCCACCGGGUUGCUCCAAGACCUUGACUGUCAAAGCACUUGCUACCGAAGCGGGCCUGAAUUUCAUGGCCGUAAAAGGUGCUGAAAUUCUAAGUAUGUAUGUUGGGGAGUCGGAACGGGCUCUACGCGAUAUUUUUCGAAAGGCACGAUCUGCGAGGCCUAGUAUUAUCUUCUUUGAUGAAAUCGAUGCAAUUGCCUCAAAGCGCAGUAGUACGUCCCAAGGGGGUGUCAAUGUGCUCACAACUUUAUUGAACGAAAUGGAUGGAAUUGAGGAGUUGAAGAGUGUCUUGGUCGUCGCCGCGACAAAUAAACCAGAGGUAAUUGACCCGGCUUUGAUGCGCCCAGGCCGUUUGGACAAUAUCCUUUACAUUGGACCCCCGGACUUUGAGGCGCGGAAAGAGAUAUUGAAUAUUUGGUGUCGUAAAUCUGUUGUUCAUCCCAAUGUAAGUUUGGAAGAACUGGCCUGGAAGACUGAAGGCUACUCAGGAGCGGAAAUUGUGAGUAUUUGCGAGACUGCCGGAGAUGCCGCAUUGGACGAGGAAGAGGAGACUGGUCAAGCACAAGAUAUUCGGUGGGAGCACUUCGAAAUCGCGCUCAAACAAGUCAAGCGGCAGAUCACGGACAGUGUUAUCCAGCAAUACGAGCAAUGGGGGGAUUCAAUUGAUAUUUAG